AUGACCAAUGAAAGCGUCGAUGACAUAAAUGUCGGCGUUGCCCUUACUACGGCGCUGCUCCUUCCUGGUGAUUUGGAGCGGAAUGCCGGGUAUAGUGAAUAUGAGAACUAUGCCCUAAUGCUCCAGCACUCUGUUCAACUGGUCGACCUGAGGAGGGAGGUUUCUGCCCUCAAAAAGGAGAAUAAAACCCUUCUUUCAAAAAUGAAAAAGCUGGAAGACCAGACUGAGGCUGCCACCAAAGCCCAAACCUUAGCCGAGGAAAAGGCCGAAUCUGCUGAGGCCAUCAAGACAGUUACUGAAUCCCAAAAGAAAGAGGCCGAGGCGAGAGCGGCCCAGGCCGAGAAGGAACUUCAGGAAGCCUUGGCCACAAAGGAAGCCGAAAUCAAAAAGGCUGAUGAGAAGGCAUAUGCUCAGGGCAUGGCCAACGUCACUGAGGAUUACAAGCUUCAAGCCGAAGAAGAAUCUGAGUCUGAGUCUGAAGCCGAGGAUGAGGAUAACAAUGAUAAUGAGGCCUUGGUGAGGAAAUCCAAGGAUGCUGCUGAAGCCAAAACCAUUCCUCCAACUGAGCAAGUCAUGGACUUAACUUUGGAUGAAGAGGGUGAUGAGGUUGGGGAGGCGCCCAAGGAAGCUGUUACAGGGCAAUUAUCAUCCGACCUUCUAUGUAAGCCGAGGUCAUCGUCUGCGACGACCUCGGGGUCCAAAAAAUCUGAUGUUCCUUGGGCUCCCCAGAUUACUUUGGAAGAUAGGCCCAUAAUGACCAAUGAAAGCGUCGAUGACAUAAAUGUCGGCGUUGCCCUUACUACGGCGCUGCUCCUUCCUGGUGAUUUGGAGCGGAAUGCCGGGUAUAGUGAAUAUGAGAACUAUGCCCUAAUGCUCCAGCACUCUGUUCAAGCUGAGGCUGCCACCAAAACCCAAACCUUAGCCGAGGAAAAUGCUGAAUCUGCUGAGGCCAUCAAGACAGUUGCUGAAUCCCAAAAGAAAGAGGCCGAGGCGAGAGCGGCCCAGGCCGAGAAGGAACUUCAGGAAGCCUCGGCCACAAAGGAAGCCGAAAUCAAAAAGGCUGAUAAGAAGGCAUAUGCUCAGGGCGUGGCCAACGUCACUAAGGAUUACAAGCUUCAAGUCAGGCAGGCCGAAGAAGAAUCUGAGUCUGAGUCUGAAGCCGAGGAUGAGGAUAACAAUGAUAAUGAGGCCUUGGUGAGGAAAUCCAAGGAUGCUGCUGAAGCCAAAACCCAUCCUCCAACUGAGCAAGUCAUGGACUUAACCUUGGAUGAAGAGGGUGAUGAGGUUGGGAAGGCGCCCAAGGAAGCUGUUACAGGGCAAUUAUCAUCCGACCUUCUCUUAGCUGAAAGAAGUCUUGACAAAAUGCUUGCAGAGAUUGAUGCCGAGCUGGCUGCAGAGAAGGCUGCCGAAUUAGCUGAUGUAUCUUCUGCUUCUGUUGAGCUGGCUGCAGAGAAGGCUGCCGAAGUAGUUCCCCAGGAAUCGGCCGAGGUCCAAACCCAAAUCGCUCCUGAAACUGAGGAAUCAUAA